UUCACUUAUUCGUUCAUUCACUUAUUUCCUAAUAUAUACUAGGCUCCUUCCUCCACUCAUUCCCUUUCUCACUCAGUUAUUUUUCAAGUUCAAUGUCUCUUUUUGGAUUAUGAAAAAAUACAAACAAAACAAAACACGACGAACUGAAAAUAUCGAUGUCUUAAUGAACUGAUUUAAAGGUCACCUUUUCACACAUUUUCACAGAACUUCCUGCAGUCUUUUUAAGUCCAUCGAACAACCAGACCUCUGUGACCUUCACCUCUGGUUUGAACGUAACCUUGACCUGCGAGUGUUAUGAUGGCAGCAUAACAAACUCGACCUUGAUCUUCAGCUGGUUCAAAGAUGGCGUGCUGUUGCCAGGCUACAAUCUUUCUAUUGUGAUUUUGCCCGAGAUCUCGAUCUCAGCCAAUCAGCAAGGUCUUUAUACUUGUCACGUGCUCGCUGAAGGUCAAGCCAUGUCUACAUGUGACAUCAAUAUCAUUGUUUUAGAAGUGAUCAAACUUGUUCCCGCUGGGAACUCGUCAGCACAGUCCCUGAUCGCCCCGUUGAGAGCCAAUUUCAAUGCGACGAUCACCUGCGACUGUUACGAACCGGGUUCGAAUCCAGUUGAGUUCAGCUGGUGGAAAGACGGGUCAGAACUCAACACCACGAGCCAGACACUAGCGCUGACCCCAGUAUCUGUCCACGACCAGGGCCUGUACAUCUGUAGGGUGACCACUGAUGACGGGCGGGGGAACAUCUGUGACGUGUUGGCUCGAGUGAUGGGCUUCUCACAAACAGGCGACCCACAGACCGGUAUUCUGACCAUCACCAACACAUCAUCAUCAUCGUCUGACUCGACCUUCACCUUCAACACGUCCAUGACCUUGCUGUGCUCCUGUUUGGGGUCAGAUCCCCAGCCCCCGCCGCCAUUUCUCUUCAAGUGGUUCAAAGACGGCACGGAGCUGCAGCGACAGACCGGCCCUUUCCUCCAGCUGAUGGCCAGCCCUGCUCGCUCGGGGAACUACUCGUGUGAGGUCGUGGCGCAGGGCGGGAGCGGCUUCUACUGCUCAGCUUCUGCGGCCGUGGAGUUUAUUGACACAGGCAGGAACGUCAAACUGUGUGCGUGCAACUGCAACACCAAAAAGUUACCUUCUACUGAGGAAGAGAUAGCGGAGACUACGUCACAGCUGCGCCGCCAUCUUUCCGUUGACGUCACCAUGCUCUCCUCCUCGGUGAGGCAGAAAACUUCUGCACCAGACGAUCGUGUGUCUGCUCGAACGGUCGGCUCGUCUGCCGCGGCCAUUUUAGUUUUAGUAUUCUCCAUCAUCAUUUUGUUUGACAUGUGCCGAUUUGUCAUGUGGUUAUACCAUUGGAUCUACCCCUUCACCAAUUCGUAGAUGUAUUUGGCGUUGGGGUGGUUGCCGGGUGCUCUGAUAAUGUAAUUUGCUCUUUCUUUCCUAUCAGACCUCUACCGCCCUUCUCUCU